AUGACUGAUCAGCUGCCGAAAGGGGAAAUUGAAUUAGGAUCAACAGGAUGUUCAAGAACUGUAUCUGAUUCCUGUAUGUCACCUAAUGCAGCAUGCCAGUUAAAUGGAUACUGUACAUGUAACAGUGGAUAUUAUGAUGAUAAUGGAAAUCAAGCUGGAGGAACUUGUACUAGAAAAAUUGAGUUAGGAUCAUAUGGAUGUUCAACAACUGUAUCUGAUUCCUGUAAGACACCUAACGCAGCAUGCCAGUCAGAUCGAUACUGUAGAUGUAACAAUGGAUAUUAUGAUGAUAAUGGAAGUCAAGGUGGUGGAACCUGUAGGCAAAAAAUUGAAUUAGGAUCAACUGGAUGUUCAACAACUGUAACUAAUUCCUGUAAGUCACCUUAUGCUACAUGCCAGUCACAUGGAGGAAGCUGUAAAUGUAACAAUGGAUAUUAUGAUGAUAAUGGAAGUUGGGCUGUUGGUGGAACUUGUACUAGAAAAAUUGAAUUAGGAUCAACUGGAUGUUCAACAACUGUAUCUGAUUCCUGUAAGUCACUUUACGCUACAUGCCAGUCUAAUGGAGGAAGCUGUAAAUGUAACGAUGGAUAUUAUGAUGAUAAUGGAAGUCGGGCUGGUGGAACUUGUAGGCAAAAAAUUGAAUUAGGGUCAACUGGAUGUUCAACAACUGCAACUGAUUCCUGUAAGUCACCACACGCUACAUGCCAGUCAAGUGGAGGAAACUGUAGAUGUAACAGUGGAUAUUAUGAUGAUAAUGGAAGUGGGGCUGGUGGAACUUGUACUAGAAGGAAAGAUUUAGGAGUACAGUGUUCAAAUAUAUCAAAUGAAUGUGCUGAUACCAAUGCUGCCUGCCUGGAUAACAAGUGCACAUGUGGCUCCUAUUACUAUGAUGAUAGUGGUUUUAAUCCGGGUGGAAGCUGUGAAAGUGUGUCAAAUCUACAAGUGAGCAAUGUUGUCUUCAGUUCAAUACAAAUUGAUAAAAUAACAGUUACUUGGACAAUACCCGAGAACUAUAAACAGUACAUCAACAGAUUUCAAAUGACUUGGAGACCAACCUACGAUAACACUGUAAAUACUGAGUCAGCAGACCUAGCCUCCAAUAGUACAUCAUACACAAUGACAAGAGGAGUAGAUCCUGGUAGAGCUUAUACAGUUACAAUCAUCUCAAUCAACGAUCAAACACAACAAGGGUCAUCACGUAUUACAACAGUUGUUACUUUUCAGGCUGCUAGUAAGAUUAUUUAA